UUUCCGUUCGACGCCGUUUCGGUUGUUUAUACCACACAGAAGACAGCUUUGAUUCUCCAAAUCCACCUCUCCUCUCCGGCGAACCCUCUCUACAUCAAACCCGUCCGUCCGAACCCUAAUCAUAAUUCAGUCCGUCCAGUGAGAAUUACAAAGAAUCAGCGAAGAUGGUGCUCGCGCAGUUAGGGGGGAGCAUUUCGCGUGCUCUUCAGCAGAUGAGCAAUGCGACGAUUAUUGACGAGAAGGUGCUCAAUGAUUGCCUCAACGAGAUCACGCGCGCGCUUCUCCAAGCGGAUGUGCAGUUCAAGCUCGUCCGCGAUAUGCAGGCUAAUAUCAAGAAAAUCGUCAAUCUUGAUGAUCUCGCCGCUGGUCAUAAUAAGCGCAAGAUAAUUCAACAGGCUAUUUUUAACGAGCUGUGCAAGAUAUUGGAUCCAGGGAAGCCUUCAUUUACUCCAAAAAAAGGAAAAACUAGUGUUGUAAUGUUUGUUGGUCUGCAAGGAUCGGGGAAAACAACGACAUGUACAAAAUACGCAUACUACCACCAAAAAAAGGGCUGGAAACCUGCCCUGGUUUGUGCAGAUACAUUCAGAGCUGGUGCUUUUGACCAGUUGAAGCAGAAUGCUACUAAAGCUAAAAUACCUUUCUAUGGAAGCUACACGGAGUCAGAUCCUGUUAGGAUUGCAGUUGAAGGGGUUGAAAGAUUUAAGAAGGAAAACUGUGAUCUCAUAAUUGUAGAUACCAGUGGACGUCACAAGCAGGAAGCAGCUCUUUUUGAAGAAAUGCGUCAAGUUUCUGAAGCAACAAAACCAGAUCUUGUUAUAUUUGUCAUGGAUAGCAGUAUUGGUCAAGCUGCCUUUGAUCAAGCCCAAGCAUUCAAGCAAAGUGUUGCUGUUGGAGCUGUGAUUGUCACUAAAAUGGAUGGGCAUGCUAAGGGAGGUGGCGCCCUGAGCGCAGUUGCAGCAACAAAAAGUCCAGUCAUAUUUAUUGGGACGGGUGAACAUAUGGAUGAGUUUGAAGUAUUUGAUGUCAAACCAUUUGUUAGCCGUCUUUUAGGCAUGGGUGACUGGUCUGGUUUCAUGGACAAAAUUCAUGAAGUUGUUCCAAUGGAUCAGCAGCCUGAGCUCCUGCAGAAGCUUUCAGAAGGAAACUUUACUUUGAGGAUUAUGUAUGAGCAAUUUCAGAAUAUCCUUAAAAUGGGUCCUAUUGGUCAGGUAUUCUCCAUGCUUCCAGGAUUUAGCCAAGAGUUGAUGCCGAAAGGCCGUGAAAAAGAAAGCCAGGCAAAGAUUAAAAGAUACAUGACAAUGAUGGACUCAAUGACUAAUGAAGAGCUGGACAGCACCAAUCCCAAGCUCAUGAAUGAAUCACGAAUCAUGCGGAUAGCUAGGGGGUGCGGUCGUCCUGUGAGGGACGUAAUGGAAAUGUUGGAAGAGUACAAGCGGCUGGCCAAGAUUUGGAGCAAGAUGAAGGGACUUAAGAUACCAAAGAAGGGAGAAAUGAGUGCCUUAUCACGAAACAUGAAUGCUCAGCACAUGAGUAAAGUCCUGCCACCACAGAUGCUGAAGCAGAUUGGCGGGAUGGGCGGCUUGCAGAACUUGAUGAAGCAAAUGGGUUCUGCUAAGGAUAUGAUGGGUAUGUUUGGCGGUGGGGAGAAGUAGAUCUGGUCUUGUAUAAAUAUAAGUGCAGAGAACAAGUAAAGUUCGUGUUCGAGCUUGUCAGAAUUGUGGAUUUGAGGGCUUCUGGCCUCCAAGCUGCUAAUGACGCUUGUUAAUAGCCAAAACAGAUUUUGAUGUCCAGAAAAGCUUGUCUUUCUAUAACUUGAAAAAUUACAGUUAAAGAACUGUCUGUUCUGUAUUAGACAACUAUUUAUUUUUUGGGGAGAAAAAGGAUCUUAGAGGAAAUUGUAUGCUUACAUGUAAAAGAAUCAUUUAUGAUGACAUCUUUUUCAUUUAUUUGACUUCUGAUACCUGAUCAUGA